GCUCAGGACCUGGUGAAGUCACGCCCCCUGUUGCAGGUGAAGAGGACGCUGCUUGAGUAUCUGUCUUAUUUGAAAUAUAAAGAAAGAAAAAGGAAUAUUCUUUGAGCAACCAUGGUUUGUGGAGGGUUCGUAUGCACCAAGAACUCCCUCUGCGCUCUCAAUGUGCUUUAUGUUCUGGUGAGUCUGCUCGUGAUUGGAGUGGCAGCCUGGGGGAAAUGGUUUGGCCUGGUGUCCAGCAUCAGGGUGAUGGCGGGGGCCAUCGGUGUGGGCGUCUUCCUGUUCCUGGUGGCCUUUGUGGGACUCUGUGGUGCCCUGAAGCACCACCAGGUUCUGCUCUUCUUUUACAUGGCAAUCCUGUUUGUAGUGUUUGUCAUGCAGUUCGCUGUGUCCUGUGCAUGUCUGGCUCUGACUAAAGAUCAACAGGACAGUCUGUUGGAGGUUGGAUGGAACAAAUCAGAGGCCACUCAGAGGGAUGUGGAGAAGACACUCAACUGCUGUGGUUUCUAUACGGUCGACUACAAUGGCACAUGUCCUGCUUUCUGCUUUAUCAACAAACCUUCACAGUCAUGUAUCUCCUGCGCUGCCAUCAUCCAGGCUUAUGCCAAUGAUGUGCUCCAUUUUGUGGGAGGGAUCGGGCUUUUCUUCAGUUUCACAGAGAUGAUGGGAGUUUGGCUUGCCCACAGAUACAGAAAUCUCAAAGAUCCUCGCGCUAAUCCUGGAGCUUUUCUGUAGCAACACUAAUGGGAAAAAAAAAGACAAAAUUUAAGUUUGUAAAUUA